UGUCAUCCCCACAUAUAAAACACUGUGCCGGCUGUCACACUGUUGGACUGGAUACAAUAACAACUGUCACCAUAUCUGAGUUAACUUCACACAGGAUGCCAGGAUCUGCACCUAUCAGUUGUUUGGGACCAUGGCCCAAAGAUGUGGGGAUCAUUGCCAUGGAACUGUACGUUCCAUCCCAGUAUGUGGACCAGGAAGAGCUGGAGCAAUUGGAUGGAGUGCCAGCUGGUAAAUACACUGUUGGUCUGGGCCAAGCUCGCAUGGGCUUCUGCUCAGACCGUGAGGACAUAAACUCUUUAUGCUUGACGGUGGUCCAGAGGCUGAUGGAGAAGAACGGCCUGUCUUAUGACAGCGUGGGUCGACUGGAGGUUGGUACUGAGACCAUCAUUGACAAGUCCAAAUCUGUCAAGACGGUAAUCAUGCAGCUGUUUGAGGACUCUGGUAAUACAGAUGUGGAGGGCAUUGACACCACAAAUGCCUGCUACGGGGGUACAGCUGCACUCUUCAAUGCUGUCAACUGGGUGGAGUCAAGCUCAUGGGAUGGGCGGUAUGCUUUGGUUGUAGCGGGGGACAUUGCCGUCUACGCCACAGGAAGUGCCCGGCCUACCGGGGGCGCCGGUGCAGUGGCCAUGCUGGUCGGGCCCAACGCUCCUCUGUCCUUUGAACGAGGUCUGAGAGGAACCCACAUGCAGCAUGCAUAUGACUUCUACAAGCCAGACCUGAUGUCAGAGUAUCCUGUGGUGGAUGGCAAGCUGUCAAUAGAGUGCUACCUAAGUGCCUUGGACCGCUGCUACUCUGUGUAUCGCAACAAGAUCCAUGCACAGUGGCAAAGAGAGGGUUCAGAGAGGUGUUUCAACCUGGAAGACUUUGGCUACCUCGUCUUCCAUUCUCCAUACUGCAAGCUGGUGCAGAAGUCGUUGGCUAGACUGAUGCUGAAUGACUUUCUGAACCAUCCCAACCCCAACACUGAGACAGGACCCUUCACAGGCCUCGAUGCCUUCAGAGACGUGCGGCCAGAAGAGACCUACUUUGACCGGGAUGUAGAGAAAGCCUUCAUGAAGGCCAGUGCUGAUCUGUUUGAGAAGAAGACAAAGCCCUCCCUGCUGAUCUCCAACCAGAACGGAAACAUGUACACCCCCUCUGUCUAUGGCUGCCUUGCAUCACUCAUUGCACAACACACGUCUGCACAGAUAGCAGGACAGAGAAUUGGAGUUUUCUCUUACGGUUCGGGAUUCGCUGCUACUCUGUAUUCUCUCAGAGUCACACAGGACCACACACCUGGAUCUGGUCUAGACAAACUUGUGUCCAGCUUGAGUGACCUGAAGGUCCGACUGGACUCAAGGAAAAAGGUUUCACCUGCAGUCUUCUCUGAGAACAUGAAGCUGAGAGAGGAGACACACCACUUAGCCAGCUACGUUCCUCGAGGCUCUGUGGAGGAUCUGUUCCCAGGGACAUGGUACCUGACACGAGUAGAUGACAAACAUCGCAGGGAAUACGCAAGAAGACCUCUGGACGAUGACCUGGCAGCAGAGCCGGAACAUGUACGCUCCAGCACUGCCACUGAGCACAUCCCGAGUCCAGCCAAGAAGAUGCCUCGCAUCCCUGCAGCCGCCGCUGGUCCAGAGGCUGCCGUCAGCAACUGAGGGCACCCAGCUUACCUCUGAGAGGUAUCAAGAGCCAACAGUUUGGAGACUGUAAUAAGUAGACCGCACUAGAGGUCAGAAGGCUAGCAGGAGACAACAGCAUCACCUCCAAAAUCACUAUACAUUAAACUUAAUUGGGCUGGAGCAGUGUGUUUUCAGUGGAGGCCUACGGACAGCUGGAGAGACCCUUGAACUGCCUGUACCCUUCCCAUCAUCCACAUGCUAUACUGUCGGACAGUAAACUCCACAUUUGUCUAGUCUUAGUCUAUUUGGAUCACAAUCAUUUGUUUUAGCAGUCCUUUAUUUCAGUGUUAACAUUUGUCACCUUUUCCUUUUGCAUUAAUGCAAAAUUGACAGUUUAUAUUUGGGAGAAGCACGGGCAGAUUGUUGCUUGAAGAGUUGCUGCAGGCAGGCUUGGUCGUGGCAGCUGGCAGCCAGAGACAGGAAGAGGUAAUGGACAUAAUAAAUGUGGCUGAGGGCCUCCUCCUCAUUAUAAUAUCAAAGGGACUCAGAUGUGUUAAUGUAUUAAAAUAGUGCUGCUGCUGCCGCCACAGCAACCCAGUGUGAGACGCCUCUCAUACCCCCACUCUGCUGUUUGCAUUCACCUUAGUUUUCUAUAAAAAGACGUGGUGUGUUUUCUACAGGGCACUGCAGGUUCAUUAUGUGACCCUGUCACCAAACAUCAGGAACAGUGGGACCCAAACAGAGGGCUUCAGAGUGGGUGGAAUCUCACUUGAGACUGUUGUUGAUAACUGCAGCUUAGCUGAUGUAAUCAUGUUAACCUGUUAGAACGCACAAAGUGAUUGUGAUGAAACUCCUGUUUCAUAAAUACAUAUUCUGACACACCAGUCAUUUUAGAUUUUCUGUUUGCCUGUUUUUUUUUCAGGUUUCCUUAACCUUUCACAAUCAUCAGCUCUGAUCAUUUUCAAAGUCCACUACUGCAACAGAUGUUAUAAAAUACUUUGUAACACUUUUAUUAUUUUUAUUGAUGAAACAAAUAGUUGAUUAAUUGAUAAGUCGGUUGUCAGAAAAUGUUUAAGGGAUUAAGCAUUUUAACAAUUUUAUCAGGCUAAAAAAGUUAAGUGUCUCAAUUGUGAAAAUAUGUGAAUAUAUAUAUGAUUUAUUAGACUAAAUAAUGUAUAUUAAUGUAAGUUUGUCCAAAUUAUUUAGCAGCCCCAGACGUAGUUUCUUCGCGUCACUACCACCAGAUAUAGUAAUGUAUGGUAACUGCUCAUCCUAAUGGAGAAAAAUAAAAUUCCUAGAAAGUUAGUUGAAACUAACAUUAUGAACUGCAGGAGUCAUGCUGCAGUGUGUCUGUAAUGUUGAUCAGUCAUGGUUCAGCCAGCAACCAAUGACAACAUAAAUAAAACGUUACACCAAUUUCAUCCUUUAAACCAGUGGUUCUCAACCUUUUUUCACUGAUGUACCCCGUGUGAAAUAUUUUUUUUGCCAAGUACCCCCUAACCAGGGCAAAGCAUUUAUGGUUGGGAAAAAAAGACUUAAAAACAGAGCGCUGUGCCAUCAGUAUCUGAUUUAUUAAACUUUGGAACUGAUAAACACAUACAAAAUUCAAAGAUUUGAAAAAAAAAAAAAAAAACAUUUUAAAUGUUAAUAAUCCAUGACUAGAUUUAUUGCAAAUAUUUCUCAUCACUAAAAUGUAGUGAUUCAAACUAAUGUAGUAAAAACAGUGAGCAUCUAACCAUUUAAAACUAUAACUGCUACGCUUCAACCAGACUCCAUCUUUGAGUUUUCAAGUGAUUGACAGGUGAUGCCAGGUGGCAUAUGACAGGUUGGGUUGAACCAUCCUGGUAUGGGGGAGACUCUGGGUUUUUAGGAGAAUUCAAUUGAAUAGCCUACUGAAUAUAAAAUUAAUUUUAUGAACUUAUAUUUUCCUAAAAUAUUUAUCAAAUAAUUAUUUUUAAAGGAUUUUUGCAUGGAUGCUACUUUUUAAAUAUAUAUUUUUAAAAUCUCACGUACCCCAAGGGUAGGUGUACCCUCAUUUGAGAACCACUGCUUUAAAGUACAAUCAGCAAAAAAUUGCUUUUAGUUAUGAAAGUACAAAAUCCUCAGCUUUUCUUUCUUUUCUUUUUUUUUAACUGAAGCUCACCACCUGUUGGGGAAACAUACAGUCCUUUUCAUAAAAUGAUGUCUACCCUACUUAAGUUUACAAAGCAAAGAUCCACACCUGCUGCCUACAGACUCAUGUCAGUGGAGCCACACUGGUCCGGGCCAGCAGCAGCACUUUGUUAGGACCACCAGGCUAAAACAGAUGCAGUCUAAUCCAAUAGCCCUGCAAUAAAUCUACCUCCAUCAAAGUGUGUGUGCUGCUGUUGAAUUGUGUUGUUAUGUUGACAGUUUCUAAUAUUUUGUUCACCCUAUUUCUAUCACUGAGGGCCGACUUAAUAUUAAACAUCUCUUUGUGUAAUAUAAA